AUUCGUUUGCCUUUGCAAACAAGCUAACUUUUUUUAGCUUUUCACACUUGAACAUUGGCGCCCUCUACACAGACGCCAGAAUAAACGCUGCCGCCGGUUCCCGGUUCGUUCGCCGCCCGCCAUUGCGAUAACGCUUGCAGUAAACAACUGUAUUUGCCUGUAGAGGUGUAAUUUAUUUUACACAAAAUGUCUGAUGAUGGUUCAACCGCUGUGGAGAAGAAGGGCCGUGGCAGACCUAAAGCCAAUGGAACACAAGCUGAGGCCAAAGCAGAUACAAAGAAAAGAGGUAGACCACCAGCGGCUACAAAAGCUAAGGAGUCAACAAAGUCCUCUGAUGAUGAACAAGCGCCGGUAGCGAAACGAGGGCGCGGCAGGCCCAAGGGAUCUAAGAAAAAGGCAGCAGCUCCUAAGGCUAAGGGUGGCAGUGGAGAGGGCCGAGGGCGAGGUCGGCCGCGCAAGGACGCGCCGCCGCCGCGAAAGGACGCCGCCUCCACUGAGGAGGAGCAGGAUGACGAAGAUGAGGAUGAGGGCUCCGACCAGUAAAUACUUUGAUUCUUGACACUACUACACUACACUCGUUCUUAGUGUAAUUUGUUCUUCAAUAUAAGGCGUAAUGUGUCUUGUCGGGAUUCAUUCAUUGUGUUGUAGACGGUUGACUCACUGCAAAUUUCUGCUAACAUAGGGAUAUCUCGACGGCAUUGAACUCUUGGAGUCCUAUCUACCCAGAGUUUAGUCAUGUCCGAAAAAACUUUAUUGUUUACAUUGUAUGAUAAAAUUGAUAAAAAUCCCCCUAUAAAAUGUUGUUGUAACAUUGAAUUUCUUCGACACAAAAUUAGUUGAAUGAAAUAAAAUUCUACUCUGACAUGGGUAAAGUUUGGGCUGACGACUCUCCAUAGAAACGUACAACUUUAUGAUAUAAUUUGUAAGAUCCAUUUUGUAGAUUUAUUGUAAUAGGUAUUGCGUAAUCUGAUUUAUGAUAAGAAAAUUAAAAUCGUAUGACUUUGUAGAUUAAUUCAUUUGACUUCAGAGUCAAGUAUUAUUUUCUGUAAUAAAUAUUUUCAUUUUGA